AUGGAGAAUAUCAAGCAAAAAGAGUGCAGUGGUGUUAAACAGCAGGUGGUGCUGCUUUACAAGUUAUACCUCCCAAUAAUUUAUGGCCGUACACCCCAACCGCGUCGUGCUGUCAAUGUCAUGGGAGGAAUGGAGCCCUUUGUACAAAGAUCUGGAUACUAUUAUGGACUAGGAGAGCCAGCACGUUUCGAGUCUCCAAGCAAGAACGUAACGAUAAGACGUGGGGAUUCAGUGACCCUCGACUGCACUGUAAUUGGUGAUAAUCCAAUUGAAGUGAAGUGGAUGCACAACAAUGACUAUUUGGACACAAAUAGCCAUCGUCUGAGUAUAGCACAAGUGAAGGCUGAAACGGGAUUAAAAUCUCAGUUAUCUAUUGGCAGCAGUGAUAGACAAGACUCGGGGACUUAUAGAUGUACUGCUGAUAAUGCUUAUGGACGCAGCGAACAUUUGAUGUAUCUUGCAGUGCAAGAACGACCUGACCCCCCAACUACACUCCAAGUAAUCGAAAUCGGUUCAAGGUCAAUACGUUUAUCAUGGAAACGGUCUUUUGAUGGCAAUAGUCCAAUCAGAAACUACAUUAUUCAAUACCGCACAUUGGGGCACGCUCUGACCGAUGAGUGGGACCCCUCUAAGACUCACAAUAUAACCUUUACACCAGGGAAUCUCACUGCAGCCCCGACAAACCUAGCGCAGAAUGCGCUAUCUAGGUAUGAGACAACGAGCGACGAUCAGGAGAUUGCACUUGUUGGAGGACUUCACCCAGCAGUGACAUAUACCUUUCGCAUCUUCGCGAUAAAUUCAAUAGACAUUAGUGAGCCCACUGACCCUGUGGUAGCGAAGACCCAAGAAGAGGCACCGACAGAACCCCCACAGAAUGUUAAGGUAGAAUCUGCAGGGCCUGGGGAACUGAUCGUUCACUGGCAGGCACCACCCAAGGAGUCCUGCAAUGGAGAUCUCCUCGGAUAUAUUGUCACGUGGUCCGAACACUCGUCAUCGACCUCUGGGGUCAAUCAGAGCAAAAGUUUGACGGUUAAUGGAUGGGCUACGACGAAGGUGCAGUUGACGGGGCUAAGAAAAUUCACGAAGUAUGAUAUUUCGAUUAGAGCAUUCAACAGCAUUGCUAGUGGACCUGGAAAUCCUUCUAUCGUUGGGACUACUCAGGAAGGAGGGGGGGCUAGACAGCGGGAAUCAUCGAGAUCCAUUCUUGGGAAACAUUUUCCGAUGUCUUCCCGUGGGCAACUAGAGCCUGCAGGUGGAAUGCAGCUUCUGGCGUGA